AUGGGGACCUUUUCCACGCGCAUUGAUGGAGAGGAUCAACGGGAUGGAUUUUUUUUUUUCUUUUCCAAUGGAAAUCAAGUGACUAGGCAUUAUUUUCGUAGAAAGCAUUUCUUGAACUGGAUUGGGUGGUGUGAAAUCUUUGUUGAAAUAUGGAACUGUAUCAGAGGCAGCAUUCUAUUAUUCGAGCGUGUGACUGGUUUUAACAACGUGGCUGAUAUUUGUUGUGAUGAAUCUAGGGAUCGAUUGAUCAAGAAGGGAAGAAUAACAGGGAAAAAAUGGACUCAGAGCUUUCUAUAUUUAUUGAAAAAUUAUAGAGGGUUUGUCAAAUUAGCAAACCAGGGUUGCAAUCUAUCAGUACAAAGGAACAACAAUCAAUUGCACUUUCUUGAGAUGCUUAAGCUAGAAUUUCCAGGUCUGACUUGGGGAAAUGACAUUGAAGGUGGUUUUGUUGAAUCGUGUGGUAAGUUUCAGAGGGUUAUAGAAGCUAGCAGGGCAAAGGAAUACAGAAGAGGCUGCAUCACCAUCAUGAUUGAUGACCUCUCCCUUUUUAGCUGCCCAUGGUUCUGUAGACUGUAUGUUGACUUUCUAUACUACUGUAUUGUCCUCACCUCCGAACUGGAUUGCUUUCUAAUGAUUCUGAACCAUGAAGAUAUCUAUUCAAGUGAGGAGGCCCCAAGGCUCCUUUCAUAACUGGAGUACCUUGCAGAUAUUGUGCUAAAGACAGAACCCUUGAGUACUGGUUUAGUUGCUGAUGUGCAUGGACAAGUACGUUUAUGAUUACUCAAUAACAUAGGUUUAUAUUCUCUUCAAUUUGUGGCAUCAUUGGAAGUCAGGUUGUUGAAAAAAUUUCUACUGUUUUUUCACCAUGUGAUAACUUUAUUUUGUCUAUGUUAGGAGUCUUUUUAAAAUUCUUAUCAUUCUUUGGACCAGAAUUGUAAAAACCAUCUGAACUCCAAAUGAUCAAACGAGGACAUCCAUAUUGUCAUUCA